UAUCCGCAACAUUUUUCUCUCCUCCUAUAACUUUUCAAGGACACACGAAAGAAAAAAAACGAAAAAAAAACCAAAGAAGUUUAGAAAGAAAAAAAAAUCGAAUGUGACAAAAGAGAAAUAAAAAGGAGGAGGAAACAUAAACAUGGAGAUUGCUCAUCAAUGUUUGGUUUCUCUUCUUUCAAUCCUCCUUUUGUGUGGACUUGCCUUGUCUCUCCACAUCUCUCUUGAUGACCUUGAGUCACACCAAGCUACAAGCCGAGCCCUUCUCCAGGCAAAGGCAACAUGCCAAGAAGAUUUUGCGACCAAGAAUUACACAAUCAUAACGAGUAAAUGCAAAGGACCAAAUUAUCCGGCCAAAAUAUGCUGCUCAGCCUUCAAGGACUUUGCUUGCCCAUUCGCGGAAGCUCUUAACGAUGAGAAGACAGAUUGCGCCUCCACAAUGUUCAGCUACAUCAAUCUCUACGGUCGUUAUCCUCCUGGAAUAUUCGCUAACAUGUGCAAAGAAGGCAAAGAAGGCCUCGACUGCACCGACGUCAAGCCCACUGCAUCAUCUUCCCAUGCAUUGAUCCCUCUUGUUCCGAGACUUGCAUUGCUAAUCACCAUUUUUAUCUUGUUUUGCAUCUUCUAAAGACAAUCUUAUAUAUCUAUGUCAAGAUAUGAGUUAUAUAAAUAAUUACAUUCCAGUGUUAGUUGUUGUGUGAACACAUAUGUUAUGGUUUCGAAUCUUGGCCAAAUAAACUAUAAGUAUAUAUGGUCCCAAAGCCUAAAACUCUUU